UAUCCUUUUGCAUUUCCAUUAAUUUCUACACAUAAAAAGGGGUUCAUCAUUGCUCCAAUCAUAAACUUUUCGAUCUGGGAAGUUUUUGAUCAACAGCUCGCUUUGAACUCCUGUUGAUUUGAUCGAGUUAGAGGAGGAACAUUUUGAUUUCAUUCCGAUUGUUGAUUUGAAUUUUGGAAUCUUUUGAAGCUUCAACCAGAUUGGUUGGUGGGUUAGUAGUGAAAAAGAGGUUGGAUCCACCGAUUCCAAUUCUGUUCCAUCUCUUUGAUCUUCCAAUUUAGAGAGAGAGAAGUACAAUUUACUUUUUUGCAAGUUGGAUCUGCCUUCCUUUGUGGUAGCUUCAAUCAGAAAAUUUUCUUGGUUUAGUUCAAGCGAAUUCUGUUUCUGGGGUUUUGAGUUGUUGAUUUGAAGGACGAAUUUGGUGUUUGCAAAGGGAUCUGCAACGGAUCCCUCAACUGAGAAUCGAGUGUUUGUUUCGGUGGGUGGUCUGGAGUGCAUAUUAAGCAUUAUCAGGGCCCUGAGGAUGGGGUCCUGCUUCUCUGCAGAAAGCAGGAGCCCUCUCCCAAAUUCUCCGACCACCAUGAGUCUUGGGGUUAAGAAGAGAAAGAACUCCCGGAAAAGGCCGCCUGGAUCCCGGAGCUCUUCUUUUGAUCACCGGCGGGAAGAACAACUCCAUAGAAUCGUUGGCCGGAUGUUCUUAAAUGGGUCUAGUGAAGUUGCUUCACUCUUUACUCAGCAAGGCAAGAAAGGAACCAAUCAAGAUGCCAUGAUCGUUUGGGAGAAUUUUGGCUCAAGAACAGACACGGUGUUCUGUGGUGUUUUUGAUGGUCAUGGCCCCUUGGGUCACAUGGUUGCUAAGAGGGUUAGAGAUUCGCUCCCGUUGAAACUAAGUGCACACUGGGAGGUUAAUCUAAAAGGUAGCAAUGAUGUCCUCCGGGAGAUUGUGGGUAGCGUGAACUCUGAAGAAAACUCCUUUAAUUCUGUAAACGAUGAUCCCAAGGCCUCCACAAACUUUGAAGAAAUCGAUAACAACCCUGAAAUCUUUCAAACCCUCAAGGACUCGUUUUUGAAGGCUUUUAAAGUCAUGGACCGGGAGUUAAGUAUGUAUGCAAAUGCUGAUUGCUUCUGUAGUGGGACAACGGCUGUAACCUUGAUCAAACAGGGUCAGCAUCUUAUAAUUGGAAACAUUGGGGACUCGAGAGCUGUUUUGUGUACACGGGAUAAAGAUAACUCUCUUGUUGCUGUGCAGUUGACUGUGGAUCUAAAACCAAACCUUCCAGCGGAAGCCGAGCGGAUCCGUAGAUGUAAAGGGCGUGUAUUUGCCUUGCGGGAUGAACCUGAAGUUGCCAGAGUUUGGCUACCAAACUAUGACUCUCCUGGGCUCGCCAUGGCCCGUGCCUUUGGUGACUUCUGUCUCAAGGAUUUCGGUCUCAUCUCGGUCCCUGAAGUUUCCUAUAGGCGCCUAACCGAGAAAGAUGAGUUCGUUGUCUUGGCAACAGAUGGGAUUUGGGACGUGCUCACAAACGAAGAAGUGAUCAACAUCGUAGCGUCGGCCGAAUCACAUUCCCGUGCGGCUCAAGCCGUGGUGGAGUCGGCGGUGCGUGCUUGGAGGCACAAGUUCCCGACUUCUAAAGUCGACGACUGUGCAGUGGUGUGCCUGUUUCUUGGACUGGAUGCAACGACUUCCGCCACCAAAUGGAAGCUGGAGGGGAAGGACGUGGCGGAAAGAAGCGUCGACGUGGAGGAAGAGUCGUCGUCCGGAAAAGACUGGUCUGCCCUUGAAGGGGUGUCACGGCUGAACACAUUGUUGACCCUGCCAAGGUUCGUCCCGGGUGAGGACGAGGAAAACCAUGAGCCCGGAGAGAUUUGAAAAGCGUGGGUAUUAUUGUCAUUUUGUAUUCUUUUUCUCUUCAUGUUUUCGGUUUCUUUGAGCUUGAAAACCAUAUAGGGUCUGGUUGGUUAUUGAAGAACCGGGCUGGGUCAGGUCGGGCUGGGUCGGGUCGGGCUGGGUCGGGUCGGGCAUAUCCUUAUUUUUUUGCUCGGAAGGGUAGAAAGGGAAUUUUGUGAAACCAAACUCUUUGCCAUUUUUUUCCUUUUCAGGAUCGUGUGAGUUGUCAAUCAAAAGCUAUGUUUAUUUCAGUAAUUUUAUCAUUUUUAGAAUAUGUAUAUAUUACAUCA